AGAAGGGAAGUGCCUGACAAUUGAAUUGAAAUUCAUCAUUGUUCAUUAUUUUUAAUCAUUUACCUAAGCCAGCAGUCACUGGUUAGGAAAUUUACCAAUUGCCUGUUAUCUUUUUCAAGGAAACAAAUUAACUGCGUUAUAAUUUCGUUAUCUGUUAUUUAAAAAAUACUGUAAAAUCAUUGUUAAAAAUCCUUGGCUUACAAACAUGGACAACUUGAAAAACGGAGACAAUGUUCUUAUUAUUUGGAAGAACGACAGUCAAGGAAACAUUACGAGCCUAAUAGAAGACGUAAAAAAAGUAAUUCAAAGUGAUACUGUGGUUCUGGAAAACUCCGACAUGAUCACUGAAGGUUCCCGUGAGCAUUCAUCAUUUGAUGUUGUUCUCUCAAACUGGUUACCUCCCCACAGUGUCUCACAUUCUGAUAAACUAUUGGCAAUAAUCAUUAAAUUACUCAAACCAAAUGGUAAACUUAUACUCAAAGAUCUCAACAAAUUGACCAGUACACUUAAAUUAAAUGGUUUUGUAAAUGUCACUGAAUUGGAGAAUAACAGCUAUGUUGCGGAGAAACCAAAGUUUGAGGUUGGUUCAAAGUCAUCUCUGAAAUUAAACGGAAAAGCCACAGUCUGGAAGUUGGACAGCACAAUUGAGGAAGCUUGGGCCAGCACUAACAACGAUGAUAUUAUUGAUGAGAACGAACUAUUGGAUGAAAAUGACCUUAAAAAGCCAGAUAAAGAAGCUUUGAGUGUUUGUGCAACAACAGGCAAGAGAAAAGCGUGCGUGGACUGUACCUGUGGCCUCGCCGAGGAACUAAGGGGCGAGACAAAAGAAACUCCAAAAUCGUCGUGUGGAAGUUGUUACUUGGGCGACGCGUUCCGAUGCGCGACCUGCCCGUACCUCGGCAUGCCAGCCUUCAAGCCCGGCGAGAAAGUGAUGUUAGAUCUUAAGGCCGAUAUAUGAAAAACCGCUUAGAUUUAUUCCAGUGCACUGUAUUAGUAUUUUACUUGUUGUGAAUGCCUUUACUAAAUAAAAGUUUUUGUAAGAUAUA